UCUAGGUAUUUUGGCUUGAUCAUGGGAGGAACAACUCCAGCGGCUAUUGUUGGUGACUUUUUGACAACAUUAUAUGAUUUGAAUAUAAUUUUACAUCAACCAAAGGAAUCAAAUGCCUUCACAAUCGAACAGUUGGCACUUGAUAUGGUCCUAGACCUCGGCCAUAUCCCAAGAGAUGCAUUUCCAGGAAAAGUUCUAACUACAGGAGCAACAGCAAGCAAUCUCACUGGCAUUUUAAUUGGCAGACAGUGGGUUGCAAAGAAACGAUUCAAUAUCAACGUCGCAGAAGAUGGUUUCUGUGGCAAAACUAUCAAAAUCAUCGGUGGUCGCGCUCAUUCAAGUGUUGUCAAAUCAGUUGGAGUGGCCGGAAUAGGACGUAGUAACUAUAUCGACGUCUCUUUGGACAAUCGAGGCUGCAAUUGGGACUUGAAAAGACUAGAGAAAAUUCUCAAAGAACAAAAAGAUGGUGAUUCCGAAGCCUCUAUUGUUUCUGUUGGGUGUGGUGAGGUUAACACUGGUGGAUUCACGGCCGAUAUAGACAAGAUUCGAGCGCUAUGUACCAAGUAUGAUGCUUGGUUGCAUAUUGAUGCAACGUAUGGUAUGUAUGCUCGAGCUAUGCCUUCGUAUGCCUCAUCUGCUGCGCAUAUUGAAUUGGCAGAUAGUAUGACUUCUGAUGCUCACAAGUGGUUAAACGUGCCUUAUGACUGUGGAUUGUUUUACACCAAGCACAUCGAUAUGUGCUUAGAAGUUUUUGGAGGAGUCAAGGCAGCAUACCUUGAAUCCGCCAAGACCAUCGUUCCUCAACCUAUGGACGUUGGUAUCGAAUACUCUCGUCGAUUUAGAGCUCUACCAUUGUACAUGUCGCUGCUGACCUAUGGAGCCAAGGGGUACCAAGAAUUAUUCGAGAAUAAUUGCAAGUUUGCGGUAAGCUUAGGUGAAUGGAUAGAUUUACAUCCGGACUUGGAGCUCCUUACCCCAGUUUACCUCCACACAUUCUUAUUCCGCGUCUCGGCCAAACAAUGGGCGCAUCCUGGAGGAAACGACGAAUUCAUCGACGCUAUCAAGAAGACAGAAAAAACGUACGUCAGUUCGACGGUAUGGAACGGGAAACCUGCUAUUAGAGGGACCGUGAACAACUGGCGAACCAGACUGGAUCGAGAUUUAUCGAUAGUACAACAAGUAUUAGAAGAGACUCUAAGGUCUCGAAUGCCAGUAAUGAAUGAGUGA